CCCUGUCUGUCGCCGGGCCUUUGUCUGGGAUCUUCCAUUUUGGACUGUGCUUGCUGCCCGGGAAGCUCCUGCGCAGCUCUGGUGGCGCGGUGACGCAGAGGGUGCAGGGCAAUGGUAGGAGGGCGCCGGCGUCCCCGAGAAGUAGACAUGGGUACUGGGUCCUCUCCUCCUGUAGGAGGCUUUCUGAGGUGUUGGGGUGCAGCCUCCCAGGGAAACACCUGGAUGCCCUGCUGCUGGAAGGAAAGUCCUGGUACACUGUCAUCUAAAAGGAACUUCAGUUGUUUCCAUGUCUGGUCUGGGUUGGUGUCAUUUGAGGAUGUGGCUGUGGACUUCACAUGGCAGGAGUGGCAGGAGCUGGAUGCUGCUCAGAGGACCCUCUACAGGGAUGUGAUGCUGGAGAACUACAGCAGCCUGGUGUCCUUGGGAAACUGUUUAGACAAACCUGAGUUGAUCUCCAAGUUGGAACAAGGAUUGGUGCCGUGGAGUGGUGCAGAAGCCACAGAGCAAUACCAACCAGAUGUUCAUAAAUGGAGUGUGCUGGCUGAAACAAGACAGCAAGCUCAAGAGAAGUAUUUGGGGCAACUUGAAAUCACCAAAAGAACUACAGUAAAUAUGGUUGAAGUAGAAAAAAUAUUUGAUGUGGACUCAAACUUUAUUUCAAAUAUGAACAUAAAGAAUGAAUCCUAUUCUAGAAUGUUCCAUCAGGGGCUUGUUAAUCCAUGGCAAGAUGUACCUUUGCCUAAUGAGCCAGAUGAGAGGCAGGUAACAGAAGUAACUCAUGAUUUGAAUGGAACAAAGGAAAUUCUCUCAUACCCUGACCAUUUUACUCAGAACAGUAAGGAUCAGUGUUCAGAGUGUCAUUUUCAGUGUUUGAGGCCAGUUGAAACCUACAGUCAGAAAGCAGUAUUAACACCUAAGAAGUUUCAUGUGCAGGAAACCUCAAGGAAGUUCAGUAACUGUGAGAAAUCCUUGGAUGAGGUAAUACUUCCUACCCAAUAUAUGACUCAGUUAAGACAACAAGCUUUGGGAUGGAAUACAUGUCAUAAAAUGUACCCUUGCAAGAAUGAAUUCAGCAACAUGCACAUGGAAGAGAAAGGUUAUAAAUGUGAUUAUGAGAAACCCAUCCUUAACAAAUCAUACCGUACAAAACAUAAGGAAGCAUAUUCAGGGAAAGAGCCCCAAGGACACAAGGAAAACGUCAAAUUCUUCUGUCUGGAUGCUGAACUACAAACGGUUGAUCAGAAAACACACACAGAGAAAAAAAUGUAUGAAUGUAAAGUGUCUGGAAAAACCUUUUACCGUGAGUCACAGCACGUCAACCAUCAGAGAUCACACACCUGUGAGAAACCUUGUGAACGUGAGGAAGACAGGAAAGCCAUUGAUGAUAAGUCAACUGUCACGCAGCAUCAGAGACUUUAUACAGAUGAUAAGUCCUGUGCAUGUGGAGAAGGCAGUCAGACUUCCCACCACCAUUCACUAGUGUCUCAGUAUCAGAGAGCUCAUCCAGAUGAACAGCAAAAUGAAUGCCAAGAAUUAAUGAAAAUUUACUUCUAUAUCUCAAGCCUCACUCAACCUCACACUCCUACUCUUGAGAAACCUUAUGGCUGUAACAACUGUAUGAAAACUUUCUCCCAUAAGUCACAACUCGCACGCCAUCAGAGAACUCAUACAGGGGAGAAGCCCCAUGAAUGUAAAGAAUGCAGGAAAGCUUUCUGUCACAAGUCACACCUUACCCGGCACCAGGGAAUCCAUGCACCUGAAAAGCCCUAUGAGUGUAAAGAAUGUCAGAAAGCUUUCUAUCUGAAGUCCCAACUCACUCAGCAUCAGAGAACUCACACAGGGGAGAAGCCCUAUGAGUGUACAGAGUGCCGGAAAGCCUUCUUCCGCAAUUCACACCUCACUCAGCAUCAGAAAAUCCAUACAGGGGAGAAGCCGCACAAGUGUAAAGAGUGUGGGAAUGCUUUUGCCCGUAAGUCCCACCUCACUCAACAUCAAAAAACCCACACAGGUGAGAGGCCCUAUGAAUGUAAAGACUGCGGCAAAGCCUUUUCUCGAAAGUCACAAGUGAUGCAGCAUGAGACAACUCAUACUGGUGAGAAGCCCUAUGAGUGUAAAGAAUGCAGGAAAACUUUCUAUCUUAAGGCAUACCUUACUCGACACCAGGUAAUUCAUAAACCCGAAAAGCCAUUUGAAUGUAAGAGAUGUGGGAAAACUUUCUCGCGUAAGUCAUACCUCACGCGCCAUCAGAAGACACACAGAGGUGAGAAGCCCAACCUAGGUGAGAAACUGUAGGGAUGAAAAUUAUAAAGAACUUUCUUAAACUAAUCAGGCUCAGCAGAGGACUUACACAGGUGAGAAGCCCCAUGCACGUAGGGAAAUGUGCUGCUGUGUCACCUCAGCCAACAUCAAAACACUCAUGCCAGUAAUAAACCCUAUAAAUGUAAAAGUAUGAGAAGGUUUUAUACAGGAGUUACCAUUCACUGUAUGUCAGAGAUCAUAUACAGGUGAGAAGCCAUAGGAACUGUGGGGAUGCUGUGUUUAAGUUACACCUCACUCUAAGUCAGUGACUUUAUAUAAGUGAGAAAUCCUAUGAACCCUCUAAGCCAACAAGAUAUGAUAUGAUUCAGGCAUAAAUCUUGGCAAUGUAAACAAUGCAGAAAAGUCUUCCACCAUUAAAAAAAAAUCACUGCCUGAGAACUUACAGCUGGGGUGCCAUUUAAGUUCAAACAACACGGAAAAAAUUUCAACAAGUUAGACCUCACUGUCUGUCAGGAAACUGACCCAGGUGAGAAAGCAUGCUAAUCUAGGGAAACUCUUAAAGAGCCCGAGGAAGUAAGGAAUCCUGUGAGUGCAAAUAAUCCAGUGAUGUCUCCAGGAGUACUUGGUUUUAAUCCCAGCUUCCCUGAGUGCCUAUGCUUACAUGUCUCUUGUGCUGAGAUGAGGCUAUCUGAACAACAAUAUACCCGGUCCUUUUUAAAACUAGGUCUCUCUGUAAACCAGGCUGGCUUCAAACUCAUAGAAAUCCACCUGCCUCUACCUCCCAAGUACUGGGAUUAAAGGUGUGUCCUACCAUGCCUGGCUUGUAAUAAAAAUGUUUUUAAUAAAGUACAGUCAAUCUACACUGGAUCCUCUCCUUAUAGGACAUUGUAAACACACCAGUUGGGAACCAUCUGAAAGUAUUCUCAAAACCUUUUAGUGGGAUUUGAAGUUUGGCUGUCAUCAGAAUACCAUGAAGACAGACACACGGGAAGAGGACAGGGACUGUGCGGCUGUACCUCACCCACCUCUCAUCAAAGGUCCAUGUGAGAAGCCUCAUGUGUCAGGGUCAUGAUGUUCCUCAAAGUCACACACCUGCAGGCUUUGCAGAGUCCAUUUGAAUGUCAAGGGUUGGACAAGGCUGGCAUGUGGUCCACUGUCAGGUUGUUUGUCAAGUGUUACCCCAUCCUCUCAAAUUAAAUACAAGUAGCCUGUGUUGUCAAAUACUCAAAUUGGUUGCAGUCAGUUGAUAAUGCUUUCAUUGGUUGCAUUCAGCAAAAUAAAUCCUAAUUAUUUUUAGUUUUAA